UCUGAUCGGAUCACAAGUCACUGCCAAACAUCACCCGGCAACAGACAAAACGGCCAAUUAAAGAGGAUAUAUUAGAGACCAGCUGAGACAACCAGGUUUUAAUUAAUCCUGUUUUGGAUUGUGCAGAGAUUUCCAGAAUUGAAAAAGCCUGUGCUUGUGUCCUGCUGGAGAAGGUGAAAGUGAAUCGGUAAAGCUAAAUCAGAAAAAAUAAUGAGGAUUGAUUGAUUUCUCAUCUUCCCUCACGAAAAACCCAAUGACCGAGGCACCUCCACGCGUCCUUCGAUUUAAUAUUUCAAAUUCAAGUAAAUGCUCUUUGUAUCGAGAUUGAGAUUAUAUUAUUUGAUUUCACUGUCUUUGACAGUUUCUAGCUGUCGAUCUUCUGCUAGCUAGCUAGCUGCUCGUCUCAGCAAUGUUCGUUAAGUCAGAAAAAUUAAUGGGUUAUCUAGGUUUCCUGGCGGUGCAUUAAAAGAGAAGUGACUUCUUAAUAAGUGGUUAUUUUGAUCUGCGAUCUGGGUGUAUCACCAGAGAAAAUGAUGAGAGUGAUAAAUAAUCAUGGAGUGUAGAAAAAGCUGGUCGUGAUUUUCCUAUUUAAGAAAAAUGGUUCAAGCUAAGGUUCCAAUCUCAGGCUGACGAACAUACUUCUCUCCACUUGGUGUUGAUCUGGUGGAUCAGAUGGAGCCAUCCCAUUCCCAGAUGUUGGGAGCUGCAGAAGAAUGCCAGAGCUGUGAAUCUGGAUGGACCAUGUAUCUGGGUUCCCCCACCACGCACGAUGAAGACGGCGGUGACGGUCACAGUGUCGAGGAUGAGGAAGAAGACAGGAAAGGAUGCGAGGAAGAGGUGGGUGAAAGCGAUGACUCUAUGGCUUCGGAUGCAUCAUCGGGUCCGAGUCAUCACCGGAGAGGGAACCAGCUGGUGAAAGAGGACAUGGCAGCGGUGAUAACCAGAGAAAAGGAAAUUGCGGAGAAAAAGGUGGGCAAGAAAGAGAUAGCAUUCGUGGAUGACAAGUCUAAGGUUGGGGAUGGGAAUGUGAAGAAAAAAUCACUGCUUCAGGAAAAGCAAUUGUAGAGGCUUUUAAUCAACCGCUCAAGUUUUCUUUCAACGACUAGGGAUUGCAUUCUAUUAUUAUUUUAUCAGAUAAGUUGUUAUUGCAUUAUUUUUUGUGUUAAUGUUGUGAUGAUAGAUUAGGAGGAGCAUGCGGGUAUAUAAUUUACACGGUGGAGGCGAAAGGAGUACAGUAGCAGGAUGACCCGUACGUCGUGUUUGUCGGGUAGGAUGAAAGUGAGUAGACGAUUAUUGAGGAACACAAAGAACAUGCAAUGUGUUCUGAACACUGUACAUGUAAAUGGAUAGGGAUUCAUCGUGCCGCCCUCGGAUGAGCAUCCCUCCUGCGCGGCCCCUAUUGGGCCCCACUAGCUUCUUUAGUCUUCUCCGAAUCAUUUUGUUAUUAUUUUACCUGCAAAAUAUUCUCCGGCCAGUAAAGAUUUGGCUCAUAUCCCUUCUUUGUAAACCUCCUUUGAAUUUAGAGGCCAUGCCCUCCGAAUUUAA